AACCUUGUCCAAAGAAUGCUGCAAGAAUGUCUGCCAACUAGAUCUCACCCUUCGUUCCAGCCAACCGUCUCAAUCGGCAAUGUGGGCCAAUUAGCCAUUGACCUUUUGUUGGCAUCUUCCACGGGCACCGAGAAGUAUGGCGAUCUCGCUCAUCCGGCUCUCAUUCCAUUGGUUGGCAGUGGUGAGACCGUGGAACAAACGUGGACUUCUUGUCAAGUUCAUGUGAAUGAGAAGAGUAAAGUGGCAUUUGUCCAAUUGCGAUCGGAUAUUGCGAAAGGCCGAGAGCGCGAGUUUGUGGACGAUUUCAUGGAUUGGUUCAAACGCUCUGAAUUUGGCGAUUUGGUGAUUUUGAGCAGUUUGGAUGCGGUUGAGCGAGGCGAAUCUCAACUGAGCGGCUCUCAGUUCCGAUACCUGACCACAAACCCAAAAGGAUCCUUGGCGAAGGAAUUCGGCCUCAAAGAAGAUUGGCUCACUCUAGAAAAACGCCCCGGAGAACAAGAGCCUCGUCUCUAUGGAUCAGGAUUGGCCAAGCAACUCCUUCAAAACUUGAGCCAGGAUGACGCUGUGGAGGCGGUGUUCCUUUUCGUGUUUUGCACCGAGGGCGAUAAUCUCAAUAUUGCCACUUACCUCACCGAUAUCUUCAAUCAAUGGAAGGGAUCUAUUCCGUGUGAGGAAUCAACUCGAAAGCCCAAGUUUAGAUUCCCUUCGACUUGGCAACACUUGUAUGGCAAUCCAAUUCAAUCUAACAUAUACUAAGCGCGUUUUGGUUUUCAUCCCAUUUGAAAAUUGAUUGAAUGACAUAAAUGAGGAGGACCGUCGAAUUUUGA